AUGACUUCUCUUUUGUUUUUUAAAUCUAUGCUUUUUGCUAAAGCAUUGAAAAUACAAAGAAAUAAAAAAAGAAAAAGAAUGAAAUCCACACUACAUGAAACAAAAAUUUCUAAAAUGUGUCGUAUAUGUAAUGAAGAAACAGCGAAUAUUCCAAUUUUCGAAAAUAUUAACCACAUAAAUAUUCCGGAAGAAGUAAAAAAAAUAUCUGGAGUUGUUAUAAAUAAAUCAGAUAAUCUUCCUAACCACAUAUGUCAAAGCUGCCUGGAUCUUCUAAAUGGGUGUAUAUUAUUCCGAGAAAUGUGUCAGAAAACUGACAAAAAGUUAAUUGAAUUUGCUAUUAAAAAAGAAUUUGUUAAUGCUGAAGAAAAAAACGACAGCUCUGAAAUGGACCAAGAUAGUUCACAAAAUAUUCCAUCACCAGUAUAUUCACCAGAAAAUUCUGAAUUGUGGAAUUGCUCAACAUGUACAAGAGUGUUUGUUGAUUUGACAUCAUACAAUGGCCAUUUAAAUGAAUGUAACCAGCAAACUGUUGAGAUUCCCAAAGUUGAGGAAAAUAAGAAGACAUUUUUAUGUGAUAUUUGUGGAAAAAUUGCUAAGUCUAAUGCAAAUCUUCUAAUUCACAUGGGAAUUCAUGAAAAUGUCUUUCCUUUCAAAUGUGAUGCCUGUCCAUAUCAAGGGAGAACAAUGGAUUUAUUAAAAGUGCACAAAAGAACACAUCUGACUGAAAAACCAUUUAAAUGUGCUCUGUGUCCAAAGUCAACCACCACUGCUAGCAAUUUAUCUAAACAUAUGCGUCAUAUUCAUAGCAAAACUAGACCAUAUAAGUGUACAUAUUGUGAAAAGGCAUUUUCAUAUCAACAUGACAUGAAUCGACACAUACGAGAUAUACAUUUACGACAGGGGACUGUGGAAUGUGAUAUUUGCUGUAAGAAGUUUAAUACAAAGAAAAUACUACAAGGCCACAGAUGGAAAAUUCAUAAAAUCAAAGGCGAAAGACACGGCCGGCUGCCAUCGUAUUUACAAUGCCAAAUAGGACACAACAGUGAAAAUAAACCGAUAACUAGUGACAACAUUAAAAUACAAGAUGCAUUUUGAAUAUGAAACAUUUAAAUGCUGGAAUAUAAUUCUUCUCUCGGUUUGUAUUCUGCAAAACGCGGGAUUAGAUUUGAUCCUGUAAUUUUGUAAGCAAAUAAUUAAGAAAACCGAAGUGUGUUAAUUCAAAGUUUAUUAGUUUACACAAGCAGUUUAAUCGAAAUACUUAUGAGUUAUUAUAAAAGAUUUGUAUUAAA